GUUGGGCAAGAAUGCGAAGACUCUCUGUGCCUGGGCUUCUGAAGAAGUUCUCUGGUUGGUACUGAAUGAGGAGAAGCACAUUCAUCUCCUGAACCUCAUCAGACUCUGACCCAGUUCUCGAAUGACUUGGGAGAGCCAGAUGUUUCAGAAUGCCCAUUCAGGAAGCCUAUGGCCACUUCCACCACUGACAAUUCUGCUGCUGUUUGCUUUGGCAGACAGGCAGAAUGAUCUCCCGAAGGCUGUGGUGAAACUCGAGCCCCCAUGGAUCCAGGUGCUCAGGGAAGACGUGGUGACACUGAUGUGCAAAGGGACCCACAACUCUGGGAAUUCUUCUACCCGGUGGUUCCACAAUGGGAGCUCCAUCCGGAGCCAGGUCCAAGCCAACUACAGGUUUAAGGCCACAGCCAACGACAGUGGAGAAUAUCGGUGCCAAAUGGAGCAGACCGGCCUCAGCGACCCUGUACAUCUGGGAGUGAUUUCUGACUGGCUGCUGCUCCAGACUCCUCAGUUCGUAUUUCUGGAAGGGGAAACCAUCAUGUUAAGGUGCCAUAGCUGGAGGAACAAACACCUGAGCAGGAUCUCAUUCUUCCAGAAUGGAAGAUCUGUGAGGUUUCAUCAUCAGAGUACUAAUUUCUCGAUCCCAAAAGCCAACCACAGUCACAGUGGGGACUACUACUGCAAAGGAAAUCUAGGAAAGAUGUCAUACUCCUCCAAGCCUGUCACCAUCACUGUCCAAGAUUCACCAGCUCCAUCCCUCACCUCUUUAGUCUGGUACCAUGCUGCUUUCUCCCUGGUGAUGUGCCUCCUGUUCGCAGUGGACACGGGCCUUUAUUUCUAUGUACAGAGAAAUCUUCAAACUUCGGGGGAAUACUGGAGGAAAUCCCUGUCAGUCAGAAAGCACCAGGCUCCUCAGGGCAAGUGACAUCCCAUCUUAUGGCAAAACAACAGUGGCAGCAGCAACUUUUCAGCCACGUACCGCGGCAGCAUCUACAGCCUUCUUUGGAAAGCAACUUACAAGCAGGCCAGAUGUUUGGUUCUUUAACCAUAACUACUUAGGAGGCUGAGGCAGGAGGGUCACCAGUUCAAGGCCUGCCUGGGUUAUAUAUAGAGUGAGUGCAAGUCUCGCCUGGAUAAUCCAGUGAGAUCCUGGGUUGAGGUGGCUCAUCAGGAAAGAGUACCUGUUGCUAAGUUCACAAACGAGACCAGAGCUUGAUCCCUACUAUCCAUAUGGCAAAAGGAGAGAACAAAUUCCCCAAAGUUGUCCUCUGACCCCCCCAACACAUCCACCACGGCAGGUGAACACAAUAAAUAAAUUAAAAUGUGAUAUAUAGUUUUAAACAAGAGGUGGGGGCAGGCUGGGGGUUGAUGGCAUAGCUGUACAGUACACAUGAUACCCCGGGUUUGACCUCCUCUAAUAAAACAAAAAUCAACCUGG